AUGCCACCAUCACGCCAACCAGCCGACCCCUUCUCCUCCCAACCACCACUGCAACCCACAACGUCCAAUUCAACGUCCCUCCGCAGCCAAACCUCUCAACACAGCCUCCGCUCCAACGCAAGCUCCGCCUCGACCCGUCCACGCCAACCCAACAACCUCUUCGCGCCGUCGCUAUCCCGCCGCCCAACCAGCAGAGCCACCCCGCGCGUCGACGACGAGGUCCUGGCAGACUCAGACUCCGAGCAGGACCUUCCAGUCCAGACUCGCCAGCGGCAACUACGCAGAACACGGCAUGGGUCGCCGGAAGGGAAGCAGAACAGACAAAAACCGAAGCAAGAGGACGAGCUGGAGUUCGUAAACAGGCAGCCGGACGGGAGCUAUUUGCUAGGUGUGAGCGGAUAUGGAGAGGCUACAGCUGUGCCGCAGAUAGGACAGUUGCAGACGGAGGACGAAGCUGAUCAGGCUGAACUUGAUGCGCACUAUGUGUCUGUAGCGAGGCAGUACUUUAGCUCUGGCGCUGCGCUGGGGGAGAGGAGUGGUAGCAAGAAGCAUGAGGAGGCUGACUUCGAGCAAUUACGACUACCCAUGAUGAUGCGGCUAAGAGAACAGGUCAUGCAGCAGCUGGAGGAGGAGAGGUGGCGGUAUGAGCCCCUCGACAGGUUCUGA